GAGAUUUUUUUUUUGUGUAGAAUAGAAAGAAAAUAGGAAAUCCAAGCGUUUCCGUGUUUGCUUGAGUUCGAUGCUCAGUACUGCUGCUUUAGCUUAGGUAGUUCUCAGCUGAAUUAUCGUUCUCAGGCCUAACGAUCUAAAUACAAGUAGGAGAAUAGUGACCCAUUGAGUAAACCAGUGACCUCAAAACAGUGAGCUCUAGCUAUUGUCGGUGCUUCCUGUAGCAGACGACGCAACAAUACACACUGACAAGCAGACAACAUAACAAUACUCGCUGACAACAGGGAGCCUAUCCCUACAAUGCUAAACAUUUCUCUAGGCAUUAAAAUCAGGUAUAUAUGAUUGAGACGGCAUUUGUAGAGCACACACGAGAAAUGCCUGGUGUGUCGAUUCCAGCUAAGAAGGAUUUAGGCCUUCAACGACUGUUGACCUCUCUGGACUACAUUUGCGGGAGGCUUCAAGGUCGUCCAGAUGAUAUGCAGUUUCUCAAUGAAGUGUUACACAGUCCUGAUUUUCAGUCUCUUCUAAAGGUUCACUAUAAAAUUGAAGAACAACAUAACAAGGAACCACCAUUGCCAGUUAUUAAUUCUGCCGCUAUGUUGGCAUUAGAAGUUUCUCAAGACAUCACUGAAUACCCGCUAGGCCAAGACGCUGAAGAGCUAGGCCUGAUUCUACAGAGUCCACUAAUGCAGAUGAUACUUCAUGUCCAUGACCGCAUAGCAACCAAAGAAUUUUACCCUAAGUUACAAGAAGUAGAAGCAGACAUGAGUGAUGGUGAUGAUUCGAUGAAAAUAGUUCGUUUAGUCAAGAGUAACGAGCCUCUUGGAGCAACCAUAACGUGUGAUGAGAGGACAGGAUCUGUAAAAAUUGCCAGGAUAAUGCAUAGUGGAGCGGCAGACAGAAGUGGCUUAAUACAUGUGAAUGAUGAGGUUGUAGAGGUGGAUGGUAUAAGAGUGAAGGGCAAGACACCAGAUGAGGUUGUCAGUCUUCUUUCUUCAAUAAAUGGAACAAUCACAUUUAAGUUAAUUCCGGCAAAUGCUAUUAGCAAUGGUGCCCUCGAGAGUCAGCUGGUUGGAAAAGAAAAACAGGUUCGUGUAAAAGCAUUUUUCAAUUUUGACCCUGACGUUGAUCGCAGCAUUCCGUGUGUGGAAGCGGGGCUUCCAUUCAAGAAGGGGGACAUUUUACACAUAGUGGCCCAGGACGACCCCCAGUGGUGGCAGGCACGGAUUGAAGGUGAUCCUGAAAUGAGGACAGGACUUAUUCCAGGCAAAGUCCUACAAGAAAGGAGGGAGGCAUUGAGUAGAAGCCUUCUGCCAACACAGUCACCGACUCCAUCUCUUAAGUCAGUACCAGGAGGUAGGGCUUCAUCCGUAAACUCUGUUCCAAGCUCUCCAGACUUGAAUUUUAGAAGAGCACAAAAUCAAGAUCCAUCGUUGUUUUACAGUUUACGAUUGUCAACACGGAGCACUACAUCACUGAGGAGUAAUCUUAGCAGCAGAAGCAGUCUACGAAUACCAAACAAGAAGAAAACUAAGAAAAUCAUGUAUCAAUCCAUACAAAACCACAAUUAUGAUGUUGAUGAGAUCUUAAUUUAUGAAGAAGUUACGCUCUUCCGCGCCCCUCCAGAGAGGCCACGACCCCUGGUUAUAGUAGGCCCACCUGGUGUUGGCAAGAAUGAACUUAAGAAGAGAUUGAUGGCCAGCAAGCCAUUUCAUUUUAAGUCCACUAUUCCACAUACGUCCCGUCCAAAAAAACUUUUAGAAACAAAUGGAAAAGAGUACAUUUUCAUCUCCAAAGAAGAAUUUGAAAGGAAUAUACGUUUAAAUAAGUUUGUAGAAUGGGGCGAAUACAAGGGCAACAUGUAUGGGACCAGUCUGGACUCAGUAAGGGGUGCGAUAUUAGCGGCCAAAGUUGCUAUACUCAUCGUCUGUCCCCCAGCAUUGAAACUUUUGAAGGCAUCUGAUGUGAAGCCCUACGUGAUCUUUAUCAAGCCCCCGUCAUUCCAAAGGCUCAAGUCCAGUAGGAUGGCAUCGAAGGCAGUAUACACAAUGGAGAAAAAACAAACAAAAUCAUUUACAGACGAGGAGUUCAUGGAUAUGAUUGAAAGUGGAAUACGAAUGGAGGCAAAUUAUGGACAUUAUUUUGACUGUACUAUUGUUAAUGAGGACUUAACGACUGCCUAUAAUGAGCUAAUAGCAACAGCAAUGAGAAUCGAGAGGGAACCACAAUGGGUUCCCAGCUCCUGGAUGAGAUAGCAAGAAUCCUGACGAUAUAAUUGGAUUUGUAAAGCCUCUUGGAAGGAUGCUCAACCACUGCCUAGAUCUGUACAGAAUUUGUCAAGCAUCAUGGCCAUUUAUAAAGCAGGGAUUAACAAAAGUGCCUGAGUAUGUGCCUAGCUUAUGGGUUAGAGAUAACAAGAAACUGAGGAGCACUUCAGUGGAUCCCUAGCACAUGGAUUUGAGAGAGAGAGAGAUUGAAACAUUGGACAUAACAAAGGUAUCCCCAGGAACAGAAUGGGUUCUGUGUGUCAUGUUUUUUUAAUAGUGGAAGAAGAUAGUUUCCUGAUUGGGUUCCUAGUUUUUAGAUGAAAGAUAGAAAGAGAGAAAAUAUUAUAUCGGGCACAUUAGCACUGCAGUUGUUGCAUAGUUCACAAAUAAGAUGAAAAAACAUCAUAUAAAUAUUGUUAUGCAUGUGUGUGUGUGUGUGAGAGGGGGGUUGCAGUGUUUGCAUGUAUGUAUGAAGCAUCAUAGAUCAACAAGGCACAGCGGGGAAAGAUCUGGAAAGCAGAGUUAUUAUAAUGACUUGUUAUCACUCACAGGCAACAGUCCACUUCUAUCAAUGAAUAGGAAGUCAUUAAAAUAGAGAAAAAUGCUACAUAUGGUAAUAUUAGCAACUUGUGCAUUCAUGCAUGACCAGAAGAAAACUGGUUAAAAAGAAGAUGGUUGUUGUUUUUGCCACAUCAAAAGCUAUGGAUUUGCCAAUAAGUACUAUAAAGUAGGAAUAAAUCACUGUCCACACUAGCAGUUUUUCUGUGACAAAAAUAUUAGUGUUGUGCCCAUGAUUGUGUCCUAUAACAUCCAUAUAGUGACAAAUCACUGGUUGUUUGUCCCUUAAAUUGUUAUGGUGUUUAUAGACCUUAGCAGUUAUAACAUGGUAUAAAUAUAUACAGUCUGUUAUUAAUUAAACUAUUUGAAAAAUAAAAUUCAAUAUUUAGUUUCUUACAUUUUAAUUUAAGUAAGUUAAUAGUGUUUAAUACCAUUCCUAUAUUUAUUGCAUAGAUUUUUGAAUUGGCUGGUAAAAGGUUUAAGGAUAUUAUUAUAUGUAGUAAAAGCUUGGUAUAUCAGCAAAAAAAAAACUUUUUGUUCCAAUAUGUACAUCAUUGGAAUUUAACUUACUUGAUCAUUUUGAUGAGCUAUUUACAGUAAUUUACUUGAAAUUUUCAAGGUUUUUUUCCAUAACAGAUGGUAUAUAUUUAAGGAGUUUCUGAAAGGUAAAAACUACCAUUUAAUUAAACAUAAUCAGUGUUUGUAUCACUUAAGAGCUAGAGAGCUCCACUCUUAACAUAAUUUAAAACAGAAGUUCCCAUUGGAUUAUGAUGUUCACUGAUGCGUUAACUAAUGUAUCAUUUAAGCAACAUUCAUAAUUUAUUAUAAUUGAUGUGAAAGGAGUGGUGUGGAUGUAAACUAUACCAUUUGCCCUUAUCUAUGUGCAACCACGUUUUACAUAUUUUUAAAUGCAAAUUAAAUUACAAACUUGUCAAAUAAAUUUGCCUGCCAAAAAAGCAAUUUUUAUAGAAUUUUAAAACAUUAACUAUCUACAAUACAGUGCACUUUACCUAUUCAAAACAUUUUUGCCAAAAUAAAAAAAAAAAACAAUUUUAUAGAAUUUCAAAAAUAUUACUUAGAUAUAAUGCACUUUGACCUAUACAAGCAUUUAUACGUCCAAAUGUGUUUACCUCACUCAAAAUUUAGUGUGUCAGACAUUGACCUGCAACUUGAUAGUCUUUGUUCAAACUGAAAACAUAGUAAAUGUAUAUGAUACGGCAUCAACAUAGUUAAUGUCAUAACAUGCUCAGCCUGAUUUCAUAAAAUCACACUUUCACAAACAGCUUUCGUUGACACUGAUUGAUUGGUCAGUCAAAUCAGGGAGCGAUUCCGUCAGGACAUCUACGCAGUGUAAUAAUUGCACACUGUAGCAAUAUUGAAGUGAUUUUAUGGAACGUGUGCUUUAAUAUUAACAUUUAUUACCUUUACUCUUACAUUAGGUCAUAAUAAAUUACCCUUUCCUUCAACAAAACUUGUAAUAUAUCUUACGACUGCUCAUGCUUUCAUACCAUCAUUAAUAUUUAAUUACAUGUAUGUACUAAGCAAGCAUGUUUGUAAAUUGUUCUUUAAACAUUUUCUACAGUUUUUGCACAAUAAGCAUUAAAUAACAGACAAUUUUGUAUCAGUAAAUAAUUGAUGUACAGUAUUUUAUAAAUUUACUUAAGUUGUCAUUGAAAAGAAAAGCUACCAAAUGAUUGCUAACAAUAAAAGGCAAACAAAAAAUAUUGUGUUGCUCAAGGACAGUGACAUGUUAAAGCUGUGUUUUUUAAAUGUUCAAGGGUUCGUUGGAAUGAACUCUGGCUCAUAAAUUAUAACCACUGAGGUAAAUUUCAUUCUUCAGGCAUAAUAUUUAUCAAAAGCCUUUGUUAAACAUCGUUUGGGCUUUAAAAAAAAAAUAAAUAAAUAACCGCAGAUUUUAAGUUUUUGUGUCAGUGAGGCUUGGGUAACACAGUGUGUUUUUCUUUUGCCUAAUUACAGUACCUCCGAAAUGCCUUAAUAUCUAGAAUAAUGAAAAGUUUUUAAAUGUAAUUCUCUUUAUCACCAAUUCUAUGGAUGUUUAAACAAGAUUGUCAAAAGCCAAAGCUGUGUUUCCAAGUAAUAAGAUCAGUUUGUUUUUAAAAAAAUGUGAAUCAUGAAAAUUUGUUGUUAUUUAAUUGAUAUACAUUUAAACUAGGCUCAUUAAAAGUUUUUAUCAUACACUAAUAUUUAAUCACAUAGUUGUUGUGUGUCCAUGGAAUGUAUUACAAUUUUUUAAUUAAAAAAAACCCAUGCAAAUUGAUUCACACAAAAAAUGAGGAGAUGUUACGGUUUUUGAUGUUAUUUCUUUCUUCUUUAAUAAUGCUAAAAUAUGGAAAUGUUUCACACAUGCAUAAUGUUUCGCUGAUAUUCUUCCAGCAUUCUCAAUUUCUGUGGCGAUAUUUUCAUUGGUUAUGACCUCCCCUUACCAUUUUUAGGUUGUUAUUAAUUAGUCAUAACAUCAGUAGUACAUUUAGCAAUGCUUUUAGAUUACCAGCAUCACAUCGCGUAAGCUCGAACGCAUCAUAAAGAAAAAAUAACAUCAAAAUUAUUAAUUAGUCAAUCCAGAUGUAAUGUUCAAUGACCUUGAAAUGUUUUCACAAUAAUUUAUGUGGCAUUUUUAUGAUGAGGGUAAGCUUCAUUGACCAAAUAGCUAAAUUUUUAACUAAUAUUGAUAAAGGUGUAUUGUAAAAAAAGUCCUAAUAAGUGUGUGAUAAAUGAUAAUAUAUAAAGUUUACAGAGUUUAUCCCUCACUUGUCAUCAAGUGGUAAUCCAACUAACCUAUGUCACAAUUUUUAUGAGCCCAGGUGUUCAUCUUUAUAAUUGUUAUCACGUGUUUAGCUUGAUGCAGCACUCAUAAGUUAUAUGACACACCCACUUGCUGACUACUUAUUGACAUGGGCCUUGGUAUUUUAUGGACACACCCACUUGCUGACUACUUAUUGACAUGGCCCUUGGUAUUUUAUGGACACGCUCACUUCUAUUUUAUGGACACAUUCACUGGUUGGUCAAGGAGAUCAUUUUGAAUUAAAUCGUAUGCCUUGUGCCCUAGACAUGGAUCAGUGGUUAAGCCUAUGUAUAAAUUGAGUGGUUGCCAGAAAAAGAGGCUCGGGAAAACAUGCUGAUAAUUAGAUGUAUACCACAUGGUCGGCCAUUUAAUUGUAGGCCUCUAUGCUGUAUCUUAAGCUUUUGUACAUUAGAACAAGUCAAAGCUAUUUCAAUUAAUUUUUAUGAUUAGCACAAAAAGUGAUUUUAUUGAAUACAAUUAUAUAAUUGAUUGUUGUAUAUAUUACUAUAGAAUUAUUAUGUAUUUGUAAAUUUUGGUACCUUUUUUUCUUAUGAACUAUUUUAUCUUUUGUUUAGAGGAAGAACACUUCUCAGGUUGUAAAAGAACCUUGUUUAAUUGGCAUUUUUAAAAGUCUGAUGUUGAAUUAUAAGUAAGAUUCAAAACUGUUGUUAACGAUGUUGGUGAAUUCUUUAUGAUGUUAGUUGUGUAUGUGUGAAUCAAGGAUCUACUGUUUAUUCGCACCAAAUGUAUUAUCUUAAUUUAUAUAUUUCAAAUAUUUUAUACUUUAAAUAUAUUGCUUAUCUUUCAAUGAAUCACGAAUAGUUUUAAGGAAAAACCAUUUUCAAAGAGACACUAAAUUACUUAAUUAAAUGAUAGUCUCGUGUAUUCAGUUGUUAAAUUGUGUGCACAUGUAUCCACCUUUCUGUGGCUGUUAAAAUGUGAACAUGAUAUCACAAGGGAGAAUCAACACGAAAGGAACAGUACCCUUCCACAAAUCAUCAACACAGGUAACAAAGGAGGGCAGGAGGAUGAAACAGUAGCAUUGUUUGUGUAAUCCUCAUUGCAUUUCAAGAAUCAUGCUGCUGUAUUUAAAUCAAGCUUAAGAAUGUAUUAAAUUUUGAGAAUUUACUGCCACUUUUUAAUUUAUUGAUUUAUACUACGAUAGUUAAUACCAAUAUUUGACCGAUUGCUAAUUGAUAGGUGCCUAUGAAUGAUUCGAUGUCGAGGCCUGAAUGACAUUUAUAUACAGUAGGCAGUACUUCAUAUAGGGCCUAACUAAUUUCUGUCUCUAGUGAGCUUAAUAAAAACUUUAGAAUAAUUUUCUUUUGAUGUAGUUAGUUGAUGAUUUGCAGAAGAGUUCUGUCAUAAUUACCCAGCACUUGCCAAAGAUUAUUACAGCCGUUUAGUAAGUGAGAAUUUGAUUUUUGAUUUAAUUUAAUACAUUUUAGCAUGUGUAGUGAUAAGUGAGGUUAUUAUUAAUAAAAUAUAACUGAUUUCCAAAAGCAA